AGCGCGAGCCAGGUACCUCGUGUCGUGGCGCACCAGCGGUGCCGGAUCGGGCGGCGGCCCACAGCCCGGCCCACGGGGAGGCCGAUGGCCAUCGGCAGCAGCUCCGAGCGUUCCACGGACCGCCGGAGACAACCGCUACCCGCCCCGCACACAGCCCACUUCGUCGACACACGGCUGGACGGCCCGAUGGCCGUGCACGAGCCCCACCCGGGCCGCCAGUGCCGGUCGGUGUCGUUCGACGACGGCAAGCGUCGCGUGAUCGCCACCGACCUGGACCCGGAGGUGGACCCGCUCAAGCUCAAGCCCAUCGUGGGCCGCGCGCCGACGCCCCGGCCUUCGCGCACCGACUGCGCCGUGUCGGCCACGCCGCCCGACGAGCACGGCGAGAGCUCGCGGCCGCCCAGCGCGGCCUCGCAGACCAGCCUCUCCUCUCACGAGCCGCAGCACAAGGACGAGCUGGCGCUGAACUCGGAGGUGCUCAUGAUGCGCCUGACGCUGGAGUGCGCCGGCGAGGCGGACAAGGAGCGGGUGGCCGACGAGUCGGUUCUGCGGCGAGAACGCGGCGAGGGGCUGACGGAGGACGCCCGGGCCGCCGCCAAGCUGCUGGCCGACGACCUGACCAGCGAGGGUGGCGGCAGCUGCCUCACCGAGUAGCGGGGACCGCCUCGCCCGCCGACCCGUGGUUGAUGGCGGACCACGCGUCGAGCGAGGUCGUCGGCGCAGGGCGUCCGUCGUCCCGCGCUGCCGCACUUCACCGAGAAAGGAGCCACGUCUGUUCUCGCCGCCGGUCGAGACCGCAGAGCCGCCUCGUCCGCAUCCGCCCACCUUGACACCCCCCCCCCCCCCUUUACCCGAAAUACAAUUCUUCUUCUCGCGCUGAAA